AGAGAGAGAGAGAGAGAGAGAGAGAGAGAGAGAGAGAGAUUCUCAGCCCUCAUGAUGGCGUCUCAUCGAGUCCGGAUGGGGUUUUUCCGCCGCCUCCUGUGUCGGAAUUCAUCAGGCGACGUUACGUGUGGAUUUUGUGCGGCGGAGACGCCACGCUACGUGCAGUAGGAGACGACAUGAAGGACGAGGAGAAAAGCGCCGAGAGAAAAAGCGCUGUUGAUGUGGAUGAGGGCCGGAGCACAGCGGGGACGUGGACGAGUCCCGGGCUCCAUGGAGCGGUGUCGAACCGAGGAGGAGGAGGAGGAGGAGGAGGAAGCGCCGCUGUUUCUGCUCCUGCUCCUGCUGCUGGGAUCCGGGUUUUAAAGCGUAACAUGAAGCGGAAUGGCAGUCGAGCCUGUGUGACCAGGAAGACUCGCUUUGGCUCACGUGAGAGGGACUGGCUGAAGGGCGACGCCCAGCGUGGGUGUGUUUGUCUUUACGGAGCCACUGAGGUCAUGACCCCAGGACCCCAGACCUCGUCCACGACCCAACCUGACCUCAGACUGGUGCUCUGCUCCACCAGCACCACGGUUGAAGAGCUGUGUGCCCAACGUCAUGGCCAGGGCAUUUACCAGCAGCUACACGGAGACCUGAUUAGGAGGCUGGACCCUUCCGAGCGUCCUCUUCAGAUGGUGUACGAUUAUCUGACCACUAUGGGCUACGACGAUCCUGUCCGUGUCCAGCAGGAAGCGGCGAACUCCGACCUCAGCUGCAUGAUCCGCUUCUACUCCGGAUGCGGAGAGGGUCAGCUGUCGCUUCUGGGGGAUGUGAGAGUCGAGUUCUUGCUGGUGUUCCUCCAGAGCUCUGACAAAGAGCGUCCUGUAAACGCAGACCAGCAGGACCGGACCCUCCUGAAAGGUGUGUUCAACGUGCGCAAAGGCAAGACACAGCUGCACAAGUGGGCGGAGCGACAGGUGAUCCUGUGCGGCACGUGUCUCAUCGUGGCGUCUGUGAAGGACAGUCUGACGGGGAAGAUGCACAUCCUGCCUCUGGUCGGGGGGAAGGUGGAGGAAGUGAAGAGGAGGCAGCACUGCCUGAUGUUCAGCUCGGCCGGACCUCAGGCUCACACUUACUAUGUCAACUUCGACACGCUGGCUGAGUAUCAGCGCUGGCAUCGGCAGGCCUCGAAAGUGGUGUCUCAGACGAUCAGUUUGGUGGAUUUGUCCUGCUACAGUCUGGAGGAGGUUUCUGAAUAUCUCUUCUACAGCCAGGACGUCACACACCUCAACCUUCGCCACAACUUCAUCAGUCUGGAGGGUCCUGGAGGUCUUUGCAACUUUAACAGGUUCACUCAGCUGAAAAGUCUGAACCUGUCUCACAACCGACUCGGCGUGUUCCCCGAGGCCGUGUGUGAAAUCCCGACUCUCUCCGAGCUCAACCUGUCCUGUAACGGACUCGACUCCGUGCCCACUCGCAUCGGAAACCUCCAGAGCCUGCAGACUCUUUCUCUGGAUGGGAAUCACUUGAGCUCUCUGCCUGAUGAGAUGGGGGACCUGGCGCAGCUCUGCAGUCUUGGGCUCUCCUUCAACACGUUCCCUCACAUCCCCGCUGUGUUGGAGAGGCUCAGUGCUGUGGACCGGCUGCUCAUGGCCGGGAACCGAGUCGAAGCCUUGGAACUCAGCAGACUGCUGAGGAUGAGUCACGUCAAGAACAUCGACUUACGUCUAAACAGACUCUGCAGCGUAAAAAGCGAGACUCUGGAGCCCAUAAAGCAGCUCGUCCAGCUGGACCUGAGGGACAACCGGCUGACCGAACUGGACCUGAGCGCCGCCUGUAACCUGGACAUGCUGCACUGCGAACGUAACCAGCUGGAGGCGCUCACUCUCAGCGGCUUCAUGCUACGUAGCCUGUACGCCAGCAACAACCGUUUAGCUACGAUCAGCAUCUAUCCCGUUCCCAAUCAGCUGACGCACAUGGACGUGUCCUGGAACGUUAUGGAGAACCUGCCUGACUGGGUGUGUGACAGCAGAAAGCUCGAGGUGCUGGACGUCUCCCACAAUCUGCUGUCGGAGCUUCCGGUCAGACUGCUCAGUGGUCUAAAUCUGAGGAAGCUGCUGCUUGGCAGUAACUCGUUAAAGCGUGUACCUGAGUUCCUCGAUCACAUCCCUCUGGAAACCCUCGACCUGCAGCACAACAGACUCACUGAGCUCCCAGAGAGCUUUUUCUCCAAGGCCUUAAAUUUAAAAUACCUGAACAUAUCAGCUAACACACUGGAGACAAUCCCGCCGAGUAGCCAAACUGAGGAGAACCUCAGCACACUCCAGGAGCUCUACCUCACUGGGAACAACCUGACCGAGGACUGCGCCGCCCUGCUGGUGGGACACCAGAAUCUACGGGUUUUGCACAUGGCCUAUAACCAGCUCCUGUCUUUCCCUGCAAGUAAGCUGAGCAAGCUGGAGCUGCUGGAGGAGCUGAACGUGAGCGGUAACAAGCUGAAGACCGUCCCAUCCACCGUGUCCAGCUGUAAGAGACUUCACACCCUCAUCUCACACUCCAACCACAUCAGCGUCUUCCCUGAGGUCCUGAACCUGCCCGAGAUAAAGCUCGUAGAUGUGAGCUGUAAUGAGCUCACUGAGAUCCUGCUGCCUGAUUCCGUCCCAGCCACACUACAGGAACUCGACCUGAGCGGGAACGGAAGCCUGAUGCUGGAACACAAAACCCUCAACAUGUUCAGUCAUAUAACUACUUUGAAGCUGGACCAGAAGCCAUCUCUGAGCACAGCGGAGUCGCAGGUCUCGUGCGUUCUCUGGGAUCACGGCUACGCUGAGAUGAGUGGCCAGAGGAACAAGUUGUGUGUGUCCGUGCUGGCCAUGGAUCGUUUCGGGGACGGCGUUGAAGCGGUUUACGGGAUUUUCGAUGGCGACCGGAACGAGGAGGUGCCACGGUUGCUGCAGUGCACCAUGGGAGACGUACUGGCUGAAGAGCUUCAGCACAGCAACGUGGACAGUGUAUACAUGUGCAACACCUUCCUCACCUCACACAGAAAGCUGGGGAUGGCUGGACAAAAGCUCGGGGCUUCGGCUCUCCUCUGCUACAUUCACCACGAGUCCUCUGAGUCGAGCAGCUACUUCAGCCUGACCGUGGCCAACGUAGGAAACUGCCAGGCUGUGCUGUGCCGUGACGGCCAUCCGCUGGCCCUGUCCAAAGUCCUUAGCUUGGAGCAGAAUGCUGAGGAGAUGGAGAGAAUCAAAACAGCCAAGGCGAUCAUCACUGAGGAUAACAAGGUGAGUGGAGUUACAUGCUGUUCUCGCCUGUUGGGAUGCUCCUAUCUAUACCCCUGGGUAAUUCCUAAGCCCUGGGUACGAACUGAACCCCUUUGUGCUCAGGAUGAGUUCCUGAUCUUGGGCAACAGGGCACUUUUCCAACAUCUGUCUUACCAAGAAGCAGUGAAAACCGUGCUAGCUGUCCGAGACCCUCGAGCUGCUGCAAAAAAACUCUGCACCCUUGCACAGAGCUAUGGGUGUAAGGACAAUGUCGGGGCAGUAGUUGUGGCCCUGCGUAUUGGUGAGGACAGUUGUACCUGCGAGCCUCCGCUCUCCUCUGAGGUUCGAGGAGCCCCUGUACCUACCCCUAUUUCCAUAUCUGUGCCAUUUCUUGACCCAUCCACUCCUUCAUCAAGUAGUGGCAUUGCCUCUGAAUUCAACAGCGAAACAUCUGCUUCUGAGGUGGGAAGUGAAGCUGGGUCCACGGCAUCUGACGAACAAACUUCUUCAGGCCCAAAUGCACGACCUGACCGCCGCUGCAGCUUACACCCAGCUGCCACGUUUUGCAACUCUGGAGGCCCUGGAAGUCUAGGAGCCGGAAAUCACCCUGCUCUGUUCCAGCGCCAACCAUCCUCUGCAACAUUUUCAAGCAACCAGUCUGACAAUGGUCUAGACAGCGAUGAUGAAGCUCCACUGGAGGGUGUCAUUUCCAAUGGGAGUAAGUUGGAGGUUGAGGUGGACAUCCACUGCUGUGCAUUUCAGCUCCGCUCUGGGCGUCCAGAAAGCCCUAAGGAUCUGGAUCUCCGUGGCUCUGACUAUACCAGCAGCAAGAUGCGACGACAGAACAGUGUGGUGGUGUCGACUGCUAAUGGCUGCCUCCUUGCUGUUUGUGGCCGAGAGAUCUCGGACCUCAAGAAAUCUCCCUCCACGUCCAGCCUGUUUGGGAAGAAGCUGUCUAAUGGUUCUGUUGUAGCGCUUGAGGACAGUCAUAACAUCAUCGAGGUAGCACUGGAAGCACCGAAGAAGAAGUCUGGUUAUUUUGCAGCACCCGCCCAACAAGAUCCAGAGGAUCAGUUGAUCAUACCUCCCAGUCUUGAACAAGACGUACGGGAGCAGCUACGGAGUCAAAUUCCUGUGGUUUCUGGUCCUCCACCACCCUUAACACCUCCUACAAGCAGAGACUCAAACUGGGAUCACCCUCACCCCGGUCUCCCUCCUGCUAGCUUCCAACAGGAGGUUUAUGACACUGCUCUAUAGAGACUACUACCCGAGAUGACCUAGUGCCAUAUUGUGGAGGUGGAUGUAAUUCAUUUUUGCUGUGAUAUUUUCCAGUUCUUUAUUAAGCUCUAUCAUUGUGUGAAGACCUGCAUGUGCUUAAACGGUGACAUCCGACUUGCCUGGAGUGGUCUCUGUUUAAUCUAAAGUGUGGAACGUUUUGAUAGAAAGUGCACAAAUAUCAAGAAUAGUAAAACAAAAUCUUGAAAGAUUGCUAUCUAUUAGAAACCGCAACGUGAACUAAAAUACCUCAUAUACAACCGCGCAUAACUAACAAGAUAUAUAGCCCUUUACAACAUCAUUUGGCAAAAAGGUUCUUUGGGAUAUAUCCACGACCAAAAGGUAAGAAAAGUGCCUAUUACAGAUGGUUCCGGCUCACCUGGCCCUUUGUUGGUCUGGUGUGCUUUCACUGUUACCUAGAAAUGCUCAUUUUUUUUCUGCCUAAAACAAUCAACUUGACCUUUUUUUGUUGAAGUUAAAUGAUCGAGAACGUUCAGCUUCUUUUAUCUUCUUUGGUGGAGUUCAGAUCGCAGAGAAAACUACUAAAGCCAUGGGAAGGAUGGCACACACUGUUUGGCUUCCUACAGCCUUUCUGGAACCUUUAGCGCAAAAUAUGCACCGCACACCACAUCAUGUCAUGGUAGAAAUCGGUAAUGGAUUUUCUUACCAAGAUUGUGACUCAGAAGAAGAACUAAAUCAAACAUGAUAUAUCAUCUCAUGAUGCAUCUGAGGUGCAGUUGCCGUCUCGGCCAAUCAGAAAGAGAUGGUUAUUAAACAUAACUGGCUGGAAUCACGACUUAAUAGCGAGUCAUUUGGAGUACUUGAAGCGUGCCAUUAGAGACUGAUUUAUCAAAGCACUCAUGCCUGAAGCUUUUAAGGCUUAAAUACUGUACAUAUUUGGUCUUUGCACUAAAGUGCUGCAAAGUAACACUGGUCCUGAUAGAGCAUGAAUAGGGUAUUUUUCAUCCUAUAUCUGAACCGCUAAGCUAAUUAUUUACAAAAAAGUGACAUUAUAUCCAUAUGUCCUUCUUAGCGGAGUUACGUCUGUUCACAACACCUGAUUUUACCUGAUUUUUAAUGUAAGUGAUCCUGCCCCAUACUUUGGUAUGUUGAAUUUUUCCCUUUCAGUUAUAAAAGAAGAUGAAUCGAAGCAACGGAUGCCUUUACAAUGUGAUUAAGCUUUCUGUGAACGUAACAUGCACUUAGUUCUGGUCAACGUUAGGGUUACUCAAAGACCAGAUGUGAUCGUUGAUAAGAAUACACAAUUGGAGACUAAAUGCUCCAGUUUUAUUUAAAAACUUGAGCACAAAUGAAGCCACGCCCACAAAACCUGUCCAAAUUUCCUGCAGGAAUAAUGUCUUCAGAUAGUAUGUUUAACUGAACCAUUUCCACUUCUUUCUCUGGCGCCGUUUCAGCUUUCCUGGAAUACAGCCAUGGUACCCAGGACUGUAACAAGGCUCACAAAUUUAAUGAGGAUAUCAUGAUGAAUGAGUAAUAAUUCACAGUGCUGAAUCUACAUUACAUCUAAUGCUAAAUUCAUUCAUUCAUUUUCUACCGCGUAUCCGAACUUCUCGGGUCACGGGGAGCCUGUGCCUAUCUCAGGCGUCAUCAGGCAUCGAGGCAGGAUACACCCUGGACGGAGUGCCAACCCAUCACAGGGCACACACACACUCUCAUUCACUCACACACUCACACACUACGGACAAUUUUCCAGAGAUGCCAAUCAACCUACCAUGCAUAUCUUUGGACCGGGGAAGGAAACCGGAGUACCCGGAGGAAACCCCCGAGGCACGGGGAGAACAUGCAAACUCCACACACACAAGGCGGAGGUGGGAAUCGAACCCCCAACCCUGGAGGUGUGAGGUGAACGUGCUAACCACUAAGCCACCGUGACCCCAUGCUAAAUUCUUAUCUGCUUAAUUCUUUAAUUUAUUGCGUCAGUUAUUUUUGUUUAACAAGAAGAUUUACAAAUACAAUGCCACGUAUUACAUUUAGCAUGUAUCUGUUUAUCUCAUAGCUAUUUUAGAUAUUAGCUAAUUAUACACAACACCAAAAGUAUGUGCACCCUUGACCAUCACACCUACUGUAUAUGCAAUUUUCCCCCAGACAGUUGGAAUUAAGAGGAUCAAACAUGACAAUGUUCCCUCAUGUCCCUGGGCAGAAAGCACAGAGCUCCAUGAAGACAUGGUGUAGUAGUUAAGGUUGGAUCGGAAGAUCUUAAGUGUCCCUUACAGAGCCCUAAGACCCCUCUGAACACAUGAACUGGAACACCCCAGAACUACGUGACCUCACUAAUGCUCUUGUGUUGGAAUGAACCCAGAGCUCCACAGCCACGCUCCAACGUCUAGUGAAAAUGUCAUUAAUAAAGCAAAGGGUAAUAAAUGUGCAAUGGGAUGUUCAGCAAGCACAUAUGGGUGUGAUGUGCAGGUGUGCAAAUGUUGGCCGUAUAAUGUAUGACUGGUUUAUACCUCUCUAGUAAAACAAAACUAUAUGUCCUCAUAGCCAGCUAUGAACAUCUGAGCAUAAUGUACCAUUGUCCCUACACCGAGGUCUUCUUCAUGAAGAUCAUGAGAUUUCCACUCACUUUCUCAAUCAGAUGUUUGGGCUGGAAUCUAAGGAUUUCUGUGUAUUCUUGUUAGAGAUCACCUCUGAACUUUAUGAAAUUUAGCUACAAGUUAAAGCACUUAGUGGAAAGAAAUGCAGAAGAAAGGAAGUACUGAAGACUAACAACAGAAAAGACAUAAGAUUUCAUGGCUUGCUUUUUGUGUGACAGGAGGUGCCAACAUUUAUGCUUACGUUGGAGCAUUUAUUAUUUGUAAUACUCUCCUUUGCUACAGAGAUAUAGGCGACACCAGUAAAUGACGAGGGCGAAACAUGAAUAAAAUUCACCUGACAGAAAAACCCCUUCCCCGAAAGGGAAAAGUCGGAGGACGUGAACGACGCAUUUGUUUUUAAUCAGUUUUUAUCUAGGUGAAUUCUGACACAGGAAAUUGCACAACCCUUAACAGAUCUUUGAGCCAGUAGGAAACAACUAUUAUUUGGUGCACAUAAAAAAUUUAAACGUUAUAUUUUCCUUCUUCACGUAUAAUAAACAUAUUGUUGAUUUCUUUAGUGACAAGUUUUCAAGUAAUAAAAUCGCAGGGUCUGACGUUGCCAUUAAACAUCAGCUUUCCGUUUUUAUAUGACCAUAAUUUAAAAAAAAACAAAAAACACUAUAUUUUAAAUUUCUUGUUUCUCCAUUUCUACAGAUUCGAAUUUAAUGGUUUUAACUAAAAUACAUUUUUCCUAAUUUUUAGUGUCGAGCCUGGUUUAGUGUUUUUUUUCUUCUGAUGCUAGGAUUUCGUUUUUAGCGAUAUUGGCACCUCUGCUGAACAUUUUAUUCCACUGUUCCCUAAAAAAAAACAGUCACCUGAAGGUCAAGUCUUUAACAUCAUUCUUUUUACUCAUUUACUCACUAAUCACUUUGCUCAGUAAAACGUCAAAAGUAAUAAAGUAAUAAAUUAUUGAGACUAUUAUUGAAUUAUUCAGACUAUGAUUUGGAUUCAAGUUUUAAUUUUUAAUUUUUACUAGUUUGGAUGUGGUUCAAAUAAAAACACAGGAACGGUUGCUGGAGUGGCCUUUAUAAUUUAAAUCACUCACCUCUUUGUGCAUUUAAUUUUUAAUUUUUUUAUUUUUUUUAAGCUGUAUAAACAUUUUUAGACAAACUUUCAUGUUCUAGGUUUAUCCUUCUCUUUGCCAAUACAAACAAAAUGGUUGCUUUUCCACUUUUUUAAAUCAACCAGCACAUGAUUUACAUGCAACUUGCCACUUUUGGAAAAAUUGCUGCCAGUGUUGAAAAUUGCAGAAUGACUAUCAAAAAGAUUUUUUUUUUUUUAAACUCCAAACCAAUCAGGUCUUAAGUUGAACUUGAGCAAGAAAAACAAAAUGUGAUGGUUUAAAAAAAAAAAUCUUGUUAUUGAGCGGGCCGUGUUCUGUGGUACGAUAUGAGAUAUGAACUUCUAAAGCUACAGCAAAGACAAACACUAAUCAAAUCUAGAGAUGUGAGUUUUGUGAAAAGUUUAGUUCAUAUAUUUUAAAAUAGAACUGAUCUUUUUUUUUUUUUAAAUCAAAUUUUCUAGAGUGAAAAAAAUGACUGCUGAGAAAUAUCAUAAUUUCAAAUGUGUAAAAAAAAUAAAAAAUAAAAACUUAGUUUUCACUUAAAAACCCUGUGAUUGAGAGAAAGAAAUCCUAAACCAAUCCAAACUUCAGAAGUAUUUCAUUGCUUUUUUAUUUAAAUCGUACUUGCCUGCCUGUAAGUAAUUUGUUAAAGUCUGUAAGAUUGCUGAUGUCUUUUGUGUAUUAUCUGACUUUAUUUUAAGUUUUGCCUGGAAUGUAUAUUUCAUUUCAUCACACUUUUCCAGACGAAGGCACGUUGUGGACAGACGGGCGUUAGUUAGUUAGUUAGUUAGUUAGUUAGUUAGUUUUCCAUGUGACCAAAGUUCCAUCUCACAAUUCUGUACAUUAUCUUGAAUCUUUUUUUUCCCUUCUUUUCUUAGAGACACUUAUAUUUUCUCUCAAUGCCAAGAAGCUGAGGUUUAUUUUUAUACAUCGUUGACUAAUGCAGAUUUAUCACUCUUUCGGUAAAAAGUCACGAAUCUGCAGUACCUUGUCGCCCCAUCGAAACGUUUUAUGACGCAAAUGUUAAAUGUAUUCAAUGUCAAAAGCAUGCCCUAUAUCAAUAACUACAUAUAAUUAAAAAUAUAAAUAGAUAUGAACCGGUUACUUUGUACAAAACACUAUCGAUCUGUUUGUAAGAAUUGUUUUAAAUAUCCAAACCCUAAUGUAUAUAUACAGUAUAUAUAUAUAUAUAUUUUAUUUUAUUUUUAAGCAUGCAGAAAUCUGCUGAAUAGUUUAUGUUCUAUAUUUAAUGUAAAUGAGUUUUAAAAGAAAAAAUGCCGUUCUGUUGAUUUAAGAGAAAGAUUAACGCAAGCACUUUUGCUGUUUGUCAGCUAGACUUUAAACCUCUUCGGAUUUCGAGGGCGGGGUGAUUGCUCAUUAUUUCAUUUGAGAUGCUGCUAUGACUAGUUUGGAGCAGAAAAGCUGUAUUUUUAAUUACCUUUUCAGCCAAGUAGCAAUAAACAUUUAUACUGUGGA